ACCUCAAAUUUUAAUUUAAACCCAAAGAAGGCAAACCCAUUUUUUUCUUGAACUGAGAAGCAGUGAUCCUUAUGACUCUUCUCUCCAAAAGCAUGGACAAUGGUUGCUUCUCUUCGCCACGCCAUGAGGCUUUUCCAGCUGGUCUGCGAGUUCUUGUUGUUGAUGAUGAUCCAACAUGGUUGAGGAUCCUUGAAAAGAUGCUCAAGAAGUGUUUGUAUGAAGUGACUACAUGUUGUUUAGCAACAGAGGCUCUGAAAAAACUUCGAGAAAGGAAAGAUGCAUAUGACAUAGUGAUCAGCGAUGUGAACAUGCCUGACAUGGAUGGCUUCAAACUUCUUGAGCAAGUUGGACUUGAGAUGGAUCUUCCUGUCAUCAUGAUGUCUGUUGAUGGAGAAACCAGUAGAGUAAUGAAAGGUGUCCAACAUGGUGCAUGUGAUUAUCUUCUCAAGCCUAUAAGGAUGAAAGAACUGAGAAACAUAUGGCAGCACGUCUUUAGAAAAAGGAUGCAUGAAGCGAGAGAUUUUGAAAGCCAUGAGGGUUUUGAGGCCCUUCACUUGCUGAUGAAUGGAUCAGAUCAGUCCGAUGAUGGUAACAUCUUUGCCGUAGAAGAAAUUACCUCAAUAAAGAAAAGAAAAGAUGCAGAUAGCAAGCACGAUGACAAAGAAUUUGGAGAUCAUUCUCCCACAAAGAAAGCUAGGGUAGUUUGGUCUGUGGAUCUUCACCAGAAAUUUGUCAAAGCCGUGAAUCAAAUUGGAUUUGAUAAAGUUGGUCCCAAGAAAAUUCUUGAUUUGAUGAGUGUUCCCUGGUUAACCAGAGAAAAUGUUGCUAGUCACUUGCAGAAAUACAGGCUCUACUUGAGUAGGUUGCAAAAGGAAAAUGAUCAGAAAUCUUCGUCAAGUGGAGUAAAGCAUUCGGAUUCUCCUUCAAAAGAUCCAGGAAGUUUUAGUUUUCUAAACACUGCAAGCAACAAGCAACAAAGUGAUGUUGUCAUUGACAGCUUCAGUCAUUCAGAUGAAAGUUUACUACAGAUGGAUGCUCCAAGUCAUGAAGGCGACCUCAAGAGAAUCUUGUCAGAGCCUACAACCGAAAAAAGAAGAUCUUCACCAAAAAGUUCACAGAUGAGCCUCAAUCAACCUUUUUCAUCUGUAGAAUCAUCAGAAGCAAGCCAUGCAAUAUUUGAUUGCACCAUACAAACACAGUACUCUUGGGGUGAGUUUCCAAAAGGACCACUCAAAGAAGAACAGAAGACAACUGUUCAAUUAGAGGAUAGCUUCAGCCAGUUGCCAUUACACGGUACACGGCAUCCCAUUCAGGUUGAUCAAUCACAAUCGAUUGCUUCGAUUAAUUCUAAUCCUUCUAUAACAGAAGAAGAGGUUGCUCCCAGCUUAGACACCAAAACUUUAUAUGCUGGUUACAAGAGUGAUUAUGUGAGUCCUGUGAGUUCAAUGGGAACUGUUGUUGACACCUUUCCUAAACAGUCCAAAAGCCUCAUCCCUAAUGAUCAAUCUCCAGAGCCCAUUUUCACCUCAAAUUUGGGAUUGAAAACUGAUGGAUUUGAUGUUGAUUGCAUUUCUGAUCUGGAUUUUUAUCAAAGGAAUCUAUUAUUGUGUGGUGAUGCAGCUUCUGCACCUUUGGAAGAGGACCUGAAUUUCUUUUUGCUGCAAACUGAAUGGUACAACAUGAAUUUUGGGCAGCAGAAUAUAGAUAUAUCAGAAUGUUAUGAUCCAAGGCUUGUUGCUGAAGCCCCUGGCUACUUUUAUGAUUCUGCAGAUUAUUCAUCCGUAGACCAAAGUCUAUUCAUAGCAUGAUUGAUCCUGCCCUGCCCUUUUCUGCAUCUUCAACAAAAAUCCAACUAAAUGCACGAAAGGAAGAUUUACUGUUGCUACUUGACUUUUAUUUUUCCUUUCCAAGAAUAUCAACUUUAGGGGGCUCGGGUAUUCUUUUUCCAAUCAGAAAGGAUUUUGAUAUUGGAGCACAGAUAAAAGUGGGUGAUGUGUGAUGACAAACAUUAAGCUUAUCAAUAAGCUUGCUUCCUUUUAAAUAAUAAAUGAUUAUUCAGAGAA